UGAGGGAGGAGGGAGUCAGCUGAGCGGCCAGAGGGAAGGAAGCAUCAUAUGAUCCAGAGGAAGGAGCUGCACUGCAUGUAUGCAAUGUAAUGGAGACCUGAGCAAGCAUCCUGAAAAUAUCAAUCUUGUCAUUGACUGUCACCAGCCAUGAUUCACAGCUUGUUCCUCAUUAACCCUUCGGGGGACAUCUUCUUGGAGAAACACUGGAAGAGCGUGGUAUCUCGUUCUGUCUGCGACUACUUUUUCGAGGCUCAGGAAAGGGCGUCUGAGGCAGAAAAUGUGCCCCCGAUCAUCCCUACACCUCACCACUACUUACUCAGUGUUUACCGGCAUGGCAUCUUUUUUGUGGCUGUCAUCCAAACUGAAGUACCGCCACUGUUUGUGAUUGAGUUCCUUCACCGCGUAGUGGACACGUUUCAGGAUUACUUUGGGUCAUGCUCAGAAGUCGUCAUUAAAGAGAACGUUGUGGUGGUCUACGAGGUUCUUGAGGAAAUGCUGGAUAAUGGAUUCCCACUUGCCACCGAAUCUAAUAUUCUUAAGGAGCUGAUCAAACCCCCAACCAUCCUCCGAAGUGUGGUAAACACCAUUACAGGCAGCUCAAAUGUGGGUGACCAGCUCCCCACAGGACAACUCUCAGUAGUUCCAUGGAGGAGGACAGGGGUGAAAUAUACCAACAAUGAGGCCUACUUCGAUGUAAUAGAAGAAAUAGACGCCAUCAUUGAUAAAUCAGGCUGUACAGUGGCCGCUGAGAUCCAGGGCGUGAUCGAUGCCUGUGUGAAGCUGACUGGGAUGCCUGAUUUAACAUUGUCUUUUAUGAAUCCUCGUCUCCUGGAUGACGUGAGCUUCCACCCUUGUGUGCGUUUUAAGCGCUGGGAAUCAGAACGGAUCUUGUCCUUUAUACCUCCCGAUGGAAACUUCCGACUGCUGUCCUACCACGUCAGCGCCCAGAACUUGGUGGCCAUUCCAAUUUAUGUGAAGCAUGGGAUCAGUUUUCGGGAAGGAAGCAGCUCUGGACGUUUUGAGGUGACCCUGGGACCCAAGCAGAGUAUGGGCAAGACUGUGGAGGGUGUGACUGUCACUGGACAGAUGCCAAAAGGUGUCCUAAAUAUGACGUUGACGUCAUCCCAAGGAACAUAUGUCUUUGAUCCUGUGACCAAGUUAUUAUCAUGGGACGUGGGAAAGAUUAAUCCUCAGAAGUUACCAAGUCUGAAGGGAACUAUGAUCCUCCAAGCUGGUUGCUCCAAACCGGAUGAGAAUCCAACACUAAACCUUAAUUUCAAGAUCCAGCAGCUAGCCAUCUCAGGUUUGAAGGUAAACAGGUUGGACAUGUAUGGUGAAAAGUACAAACCCUUCAAAGGAAUCAAGUACAUGACCAAGGCCGGCAAAUUCCAAGUUAGAACAUAGAGGAAGAGGCGAUUCUGUGGACGGCGAGCUUCUCUCAACGCCUGUGAAGUGUUUCAAUAUGACUAAUGCUCCCACCACAUUGUACUCUUGUAAAAAAGGAGAUGUGACUUGCAGUGAAUGUACGUAGAUGACAAGUAGCGGUGCUGUGUUGUAUAUAGAUCAUCAGAGCCAAGUCUUAAGAGAGUGCCCCCAAAUGAAUCCCCUCUUACACCACCAGCUACUGGCAGGUGUAUACAAAUAAAAGAGGGGACUUGGUGAAUUCAAAAUUGGGCCCCCAAUGAGGUGUGCGCUCCUCAAAGAGAUGCAUGUAUGGUCCUCACCUCUAGCCUUGAGGAGGCGGCCAGGUUAACCCCGCCCCUGAGGAACAGGGAGCCUCAUAGUUCAAAGCCUGUAGUUUACCUCCAUGGGGCGUGUACCAUUCUUCCUGCUGACCCCAUGCAUCCUGGCAUUUACAUAAGGAGGAGAUACCUGCUGUAUAGUGGACUGUGAUCCAUUGUUCUCCUGUGUGUGUGUGAUUCUCUGACUACUAAAGUACGCUGCACUCCUCCAAGUGCUUACAAGAGACUACUGGAUCCAGACUUGCACAGUAUUAUCCGGCAUGAAAAAUGGCACAGCGGCUAAUAAUUGUGAGUUUUGCAGGACUGAUACUCUACAAGGUGCUGGAGGUGAAGUGUUGCUUGGAUUCCUGUAUUGUGGGGUUGGCGAUGCAGGACUCUUCAUAGGUUUGUAGGAUUUAUUCCACUGGAUGCAUCAUAAAUUGUUCAACAAGUCGCCAAUUCCUUUGUGUAAUAAAGUUAUUCUUGCCAGGA